AUGACAAAUAUUCCACCUCUUUGCUCGAAUCAACAAAAUCUAGGACAUGCUGUUGAUAUAGAGUUGCCAGGUGGAUAUAGUGAAGUAGGAAUGAAUGUUACAACACAAUUGGUUGGCUUUAUCAAUGACCAAAAUGAAGAUUUGUAUCACUUGGUGAAUGCUCCUACUUUGGUUGAUAAAUACAUUUCAAAACUUAAGAGGGUAAGCAAGAAUGGUGCAGAGAUUUGGACAUUAGACAUUCAAAGUGAUUGCAGCACAAGUGCAUCAGUAGUUAGUCAAACUCUUUCCUUUGCUUCGGAUGGUACUAUUGUGUUAUCUGGUUGGAUUAUUACAAAGGAAAGAGCAUGUUUUAGGGGUACAAAACUAUCCUCAAAAACCUCUCAAAACAAUAGAAAAGUUCCAUUCAUUGCCUUCGUAUCAUCAACUGGCUAUGUGAUUUCUGUAAUUUCCUUAGAAAAUGACUUCCCUGAUGCAUCAAUUUCACAUGUUGAUUUAGACCAUUCCGACUCGAACAAACUCUAUCUUAUCAUCAGAAUGGAUUCAAGAUUAUUGAUUGCAUGUUACAAUGACGGUAGAUUAAUGUGGAACAAUGUAAUAUCCUCUUGUGCAGAUCCAAGUAAAUGUCAGGCUGCAGGUUUGAGUUAUUCACCAUUUGGGAAAAUUUUGGUCACACUUUAUGAAAGUGAUGGAACUAAUUUCCAAUUCGCUGCUCAAGGUUUCAAUUUUGUUUCACACAAAUCUGGAAUCUACAUAGCGACAUUUAGCUCAGAUGAUGGUUUGUUCUCUUCUAUUGAUAUGGUGUUCCACAGUACCUCAGUUAACAUGGGAGCACCAAAGACAGUUUUGGAUCGUUUAGGAAAAUUACACCUACUGAUUGCAUGUGAGGCUAAUUGCUACAUAAGCGGUUCCAUUGCAAAUCCAGGUGUCUUCUUGUUGAGAUAUUACAAUGGAGCUGUUGAAAAAUUAAACAGAUUCAUUUCCCUUAUAUUAUCCAAAAUUAAGCUUCAAAGCCUUGCAUUAGACAGAGAUCUAUCUAUCUAUGCAAUUAUUAAUGGAUUGACAUCAUUUUCAAUAAUUGAUGACACCGAUGGCAGAGUAUCAAAUUUUCUUGAUAUUGGAGUUCUUUGUAAAUUCAGAUACUCAGAUGGAAAGAUUUUAUGGUUACGAAAAAUAGCUGACGAUCCAACUCUGGAUUACUACCACGUAAGUCCUUCCAGCAUAAUGGUUAAUAAGAAGGCCACUGUUGAUGAAAUUAUUCCAACCAUGUUCACAUAUCUCAGAGAUGGCACAAGAAGAACAGCCUGGAUUGAAUCAUACACUGCUCGUUACGAUACAACUGAAUCAUCAUCUGCUAGAAUAGGAGGAUCUGGAGGAUCAACAACACACACAACAAGUGACAAAGUUACUGCAAUUCUUUUUGGAACCACUUCAGAUUAUGUUAGGGAUAUUGGAUUUGAAUUCAAAUCUGUACCUGCUUUCCAAGGCGGGUUAGGAAUUAGAUAUGCCAUUGACAGUGAUGAAUAUUUCACCUCGAUUGACUAUUGUGUUGGUGGUAAUUCAUAUACCACAGUAGAAUAUAUCAAAUUCAACACAAACAAGAAGUCUUUUUCAAAUGGUAAAUGUCGUAGUUCCCUUCAAACUGAAAGCGUUCCAAAAGGUAAAGAACUUGUUGGUUUCACAGUCAACAUAGGUAUAUAUCUGGAUUCAAUCAAGUUUUACUAUCGUAGCCCAUAUAUUUGCAUGACUGGCACAGAAGGGGACAAGUGUGACACCAAUGUAUGCUAUGGUAUUUCUUCCAAGUCCGCACUGAAAUGUAGUGGUAAGGGUAAUUGCGUUGGGCCUAAUACUUGCUCAUGUUAUUUUGGAUAUUUUGGGUCUAAUUGUGAACAGAAAACUACAUGUUUUGGUAUUGACUUUGAUUCAAAAACAGUUUGUUCUGGAAAUGGAAAUUGUUAUGGGCCGAAUACUUGUCGGUGUAAUGGUAGAUAUACUGGAAACCAAUGUCAAUACGCAACAUGUAAUGGAAUAAUUCAAUCGGAUAGCAAGGUGUGUUCAGGUCAUGGAUCAUGUAUUAAGGAAGAUACAUGUUCCUGCCAAGAGGGAUAUUCUGGUCCGUCAUGUAGCACAUAUUCGUGUUCAGGAAUUUUAAAUUCUGAUUCGAAAGCUUGUUCAACACAUGGAGUUUGUUCAAGUUUAAAUAAUUGCACAUGCUUAGUUGGUUAUUUUGGUAGUACUUGUAACGAAUUCGAGUGUGGGGGUAUCAAUGCCAAGUCUAAUCUUACCUGCACAGGAAGAGGAAUUUGUUCUUCUUCAAAUAAUUGUAAAUGUUUAGCCCCUAAUUCUUAUGGAGACAAUUGUGAAUCAUGUAAGGAAGGGUAUUAUGGAAGCAAAUGUGAAAAAUGGAAUUGUAAUGGUAUUGAGAACACGUCGCCUGAUGUAUGUGGUGGUAGAGGACAAUGUGUCGCUCCAAAUCAAUGUAAAUGUACUUCAACUGCCACUGGUUCAUUUUGUGAACAAUGUGUUACAGGUUAUUUUGGACUUAAGUGCGGUAAUUGGACAUGUAAUGGUAUUGAAAACACAGCCACAAAUGUUUGUAACCACAGAGGAAGUUGUAUUGCAUAUGAUAAUUGUCAAUGUUCUUCAAGAUCUUAUGGUUCCAGUUGUGAAUCAUGUGUUGGAUUGUUUACUGGUGCUCUCUGUUCUGAAUGUUCUGGACACCUCGAAGGAGAUGAAGAAUGUUUAAAUUAUGCUGUCACCGAUCCAGAAUACUAUGCUUUUACUGAUGAUAAUAGGUUAGAAUUUCUUCAAUUUAUAGUAAUGUCAACAGGUAUUGUGAAUUCUACCGAUUAUGCUUGUAGCAAGUUGUUUACUAAUCUAGAGAAUGAAAUUGGUAUAGGUUUGGAAUGUACUGUUAGGAAUGGCACAGUUUCUCCUUCUAAUACUGUCAAUAGAGCUUAUUUAAUUACUGUUAAAACUUUUCAAGGUACAAUGAGUCCAAGUAAACCAAUACAUUUCAACAUCUUUUGGGCAAAUCCACAAAAAAAACCAUCCUAUACCACCCUUAACAUUAGUGUAAAAGAGUUUUAUACAAAGAAUUCGAUUGGUUUAGAUUUGUAUGCUGAGCAAUAUAGGGUGUAA